GCGGUAUAAAAGCUGCAGGUGAGGUGCAGCCAGGACGAUACGGGAAACUCACCUGCAGCGUGUGACAAUGACGGGACAUCACUGCUGGGGAUACGGCGAGGAGGACGGUCCCUCUGAGUGGCACCGCUACUUCCCCAUCGCCCAGGGAAACCGCCAGUCCCCCAUCAAUAUCGUGGCCAAUCAGGCCGUCUUCAACCCCAGCCUGAAACCUCUGGUGGUGUCCUAUGACCAGUCCACGUCCAUCAGCCUCUCCAACAAUGGCCACUCUGUCAUGGUGGAGUUCGAUGACAAUGAUGACAAGACAGUGCUCAGCGGAGGACCCCUUAAUGACUCGUAUAGGCUGAAGCAGUUCCAUUUCCACUGGGGCACCCAGCGCCAUGAGGGAUCGGAACAUACGGUGGAUGGGAAGUCUUACCCCUGUGAGCUCCACCUGGUUCACUGGAACGCAAAAUCGUACCCCACUUUCGCAGACGCAGCCGGUGCGCCCGACGGCUUGGUUGUCAUCGGGGUCUUCCUGGAAAUAGGGGAGGAGCACCCGAGCCUGAACCGGCUCACCGACGCGCUCUACAUGGUGAGAUUUAAGGGGACCAAAGCACAGUUCGACAACUUCAACCCCAAGUGCCUCCUGCCACAGAGCCUGGACUACUGGAACUACCCCGGGUCCCUGACCACCCCGCCGCUCAACGAGACCGUGAACUGGAUUGUUCUUAAAGAGACCAUCAGUGUAUCAGAAAAACAGAUGGAACGAUUUCGGAAAACGCUGCUUUUUAACGCAGAGGAGGAACAAGAACGGAUCCACAUGGUGAACAAUUAUCGCCCACCCCAGCCGCUGAACGGCAGGAAAGUGCAGGCGUCCUUCAAGUGCUGACAUCAUGGAGAACGUUCACAAGCAGAACAGACCAAACUCACCAUUUUGCCGGGGGCCCCAGGGGCCACAACCUGCCUCAGGGCCUGUGCCGAGGGGCUACCAGCUUGUGUCAAUGGCAUCAGUUUGAUACUCUCUGAGAUCAUUCAUAAUUCAUUGACGGGUACAACUGACCUCCUUCUGACCUGCUGCAAACAGGACUGACAUUACCACAAGCCCCUCGACACAGGCCAUUUGUCUAUUGUUCCAUGCAUGAUUGUGUGAUUGCUGAUCCUCUGCCCCACUCACAUUUCUUCCCAAAGAAUCUCAGACAAUUUGCAGCAGACAGGAUAUAUAUUCAAGAGGAUCAAGAUUUACCCAAUCUGCUUGUGUCUUUAACUUUAAAACGGCUGCCUUUGCCUCCUCUGGGGAGAUUUACCCUUUACUUCCUGUGUGUGUCACCAGGACAGGAAGUGAGGUGAAUCAGCCCAACUGGGACACCCGCAGAAAUAAGACAAAAAUGUCUAUAGUUGGGUUUUAAAGUUAAACUCAUAUUUAUUUUUUUGAAUGGGUCAAUCCUGGGCCUUGAUGCCUGCUGGGUCUCUAUUACGUCUAUGAAAUGUACUGUCAUGAUAUCCAAGGUUGGUGCCGUGAGUUGGACCCUCCUUGUCGCCCUUUUUGAAGUACAUCCCAAUAUAUUCCUAUAAAACAUCCACUAGGGGGCCUCUAACAACACAGUGCUUGUACUGUUAGGAUGGUGACAGCACCCUCUAGUGGCUGCUUCAUAGGAAUAUGUGGAAAUGCACUGUAAAUCAGAGGGGCAGCUGUGCCAGCCCUCAAUGUCAUAUGUGUGCGGGGGGGGGGGGGGGGGGACCUGAAAAGGGAUCAAACCCUCCUCUACUCCGUGCAAAAAAUAAGUAUAUGAUUAGGGCUGAGUUCUUCUUUAAUUUAGUACAGUGCCCCCUUUUAUUUAAAACAUUUAAAAUUGUAGGUAAUCUCAUAAUGAGUGCUGCACGGUCCUCAAAACCAGACUGGAUGAGGGGUGUACAACCUGCAUCACCACCCAAUGUACCACAGACUAGAUGAGGGGUGUACAACCUGCAUCACCACCCAAUGCACCACAGACUGGAUGAGGGGUGUACAACCUGCAUCACCACCCAAUGCACCACAGACUAGAUGAGGGGUGUACAACCUGCAUUACCAUCCAAUGCACCACAGACUGGAUGAGGGGUGUACAACCUGCAUCACCGCCCAAUGCACCACAGACUAGAUGAGGGGUGUACAACCUGCAUCACCGCCCAAUGCACCACAGACUAGAUGAGGGGUGUACACCCUGCAUUACCACCCAAUGCACCACAGACUAGAUGAGGGGUGUACACCCUGCAUUACCACCCAAUGCACCACAGACUAGAUGAGGGGUGUACAACCUGCAUUACCAUCCAAUGCACCACAGACUAGAUGAGGGGUGUACACCCUGCGUUACCACCCAAUGCACCACAGACUAGAUGAGGGGUGUACACCCUGCAUUACCAUCCAAUGCACCACAGACUAGAUGAGGGGUGUACACCCUGCAUUACCACCCAAUGCACCACAGACUAGAUGAGGGGUGUACACCCUGCAUUACCACCCAAUGCACCACAGACUAGAUGAGGGGUGUACACCCUGCAUUACCAUCCAAUGCACCACAGACUAGAUGAGGGGUGUACAACCUGCAUUACCACCCAAUGCACCACAGACUAGAUGAGGGGUGUACACCCUGCAUUAUCACCCAAUGCACCACAGAUUAGAUGAGGGGUGUACAACCUGCAUUACCACCCAAUAAACCACAGAUUAGAUGAGGGGUGUACACCCUGCAUUAUCACCCAAUGCACCACAGAUUAGAUGAGGGGUGUACAACCUGCAUUACCACCCAAUAAACCACAGAUUAGAUGAGGGGUGUACAACCUGCAUUACCACCCAAUGCACCACAGACUAGAUGAGGGGUGUACAACCUGCAUUACCACCCGAUGCACCACAGACUAGAUGAGGGGUGUACAACCUGCAUCACCACCACACAAAAUGCUCAUCCCAUCCUACCCAACCCAGUCCUCUUUCAUCUUCCCACCAGCAGCACAGACAGUCCUUCUUGCAGACACACGGGUCACUGCCACAAUUACUGUUUGUACUGCCUAUACAGCAUGUUAAUAUUAUAUUUAUAUAUAGAGAUGAUAUAGCUAGAACCAGAUUUAUAUGUUUCUUUGAUCUACGAGGGAGUGUUGGUGUGAUACAAUCAUUUCUACUAAUUCUGACUUUAAAAAAGACACUUAAAGGGUAAACUUCAGUCAGUCAGUAAACUCCGCCUUGGAAAGGCCCAUAGGGGGUGGAGUCACCCUGCCCGGGGCUGCAGUGUAAAAUCCUCUGCAUUCCUGGGAUUCUGGGAACACCCAAUCUGGAGACUGCAGGCCACGGAUUCCCAACUCCGCCCCUUAUAUAUAUACUGGCAAGAGCCUGGAGACCCACCCAGCCUGACACUGGCAAUGUCAUAUUCGAGUCACGGUUGGUGGUAAAGCUCCAUCUGAGGAGAAAAUGACAUUGGGGAGCCAUCAGUGCCUAAGCGCCCCCUAUGGGUGAUAAUGAAUAAAUACCCCUGACAAAACUUCCGCAUCAUAUAACAUGAUUCAGGGGCGGAGUUAUAAAGCAGAAAAUCAGACAUUCACUCCACAUUCUCUGCAGGUGAAUCUUCCAGGUCCAUGUGUGUUAUAGGACUGUGAUUGGUUCUUCACCAGAGAAUGUCACACUCACUGCUUUAUACAUGUGCCCCGUGUCUGGAGUUACCCUUUAAGUUUUGCUUUCCUGUAAUGCUUUGUAAUUUUUCAGUCGCUGUAUCUGAAUGAUUCGCUCGUGGCUUCAUCCAAUCUGUCGCCACUGUGUUUAUGCAGCAAAUAAAUUGUGUUUUUUUAUAUUUAAA